GGCGCGAUAGAAGAUUGUGGAUGAGCUGGUGGCAGUGAAGAACAGAACUGCGAUGCUCCCGUGAUCUGGGGUUUGUGACGGUGUUCGACCUCGAAUGAUGUCCAUGAGCCCAGCUUGAGUCUGGGCGGUGUUCAGCUCUUUGUGCUACGCUUGAUUUCACGAGGAGUAAAACUUGGGACUACGGAAAAGUAGGAGCUUCGAACCGGCGAGAUGGGCUGCGCUGUAAGCAGCGCCGACAAGCAAGCCGCUGAGCGAUCCAAAAAGAUAGACAGAGAUCUCAGAGCGGACGGCGAACGUCAAGCUCGCGAAGUGAAGUUACUGCUAUUGGGUGCGGGAGAGUCGGGAAAGAGCACUAUCGUCAAACAGAUGAAAAUUAUUCACGAGCAGGGCUAUACUAUCGAAGAAUGCAGGUUGUAUCGACCCGUAGUGCACUCAAAUACAAUUCAGAGCCUUCUCGCCAUACUCCGAGCGAUGGCGCAGCUCAGAGUGGAUUUCAGAGAUCCCGCCAGAACAGACGACGCCCGCCAAUUUUUCAGCAUCGCGGGCGCCAACAUGGCUGGCGAUGUGGAAGUCACGCCUGAGCUCAGCGCUAUGAUGCAGCGGCUCUGGAGAGACGAAGGGGUCCAGCACUGUUUCCAAAGAUCGAGAGAGUAUCAACUCAACGACUCGGCGGCGUAUUAUCUUAACGCUUUGGAACGCAUAUCACAGAGGAACUACAUCCCCACGCAACAAGAUGUUCUGCGAACCCGCGUGAAGACUACCGGCAUCGUGGAAACACACUUCGUUUUCAAGGGCCUUCACUUCAAAAUGUUUGAUGUCGGCGGACAACGCUCUGAGCGCAAGAAAUGGAUUCACUGCUUCGAGGGAGUCACUGCCAUUAUCUUUUGCGUUGCUCUAUCAGGGUACGACUUAGUCCUCGCCGAAGACGACCAAAUGAACCGCAUGGUUGAGUCCAUGCGCUUGUUUGACUCCAUAUGCAACAACAAAUGGUUCAUACACACAUCGAUAAUCCUCUUCCUGAACAAGAAAGAUCUUUUCGAAGAGAAGAUCACCAGGUCCCCGCUCACUAUCUGCUUCCCCGAGUACACCGGGGCCGACACGUACGACGAAGCUGCGGCUUACAUCCAGAUGCAGUUCGAGAGACUCAACAAACAGAGCACAAAAGAAGUCUACACUCACUUUACAUGUGCGACAGACACGUCAAAUAUACAAUUCGUCUUCGACGCGGUGACCGAUGUCAUCAUCAAGAACAAUUUGAAGGAUUGUGGCCUAUUUUGAACCAAAUCGGCAGCAUUGCCGCACGCCGCGGAGGGCUGCAAUAGGAAGAGAGACCGGAAUGGGGAGCGCCGAUGAUCUGAUUUCAUGGCCUCCGGGGCGUAAGGUCGCGACGAGCUGGGUCUGAUCGAUCAGAGGGGAAGGGGACGCGAGAAGAAAAAAUCCCGAAGAACAGGUAUCGAGGAACAGAGGGUAACUGACUGCAGAGGGCUGAAAUCAUUUGGUCUCGUGCGUUGCCAACACAAGUGCCAUUGAUUUCCGAAAACCGCUGGAGCUUCCGUGCGAACGCAAAGCACAAGCGAGAACAAAGGCAUGAAUGCCACCACCAUCACUAGCCCCCACAAGAGUAGCGAGCAUAAAUGAUGUUGCUCAAAUUGACCAUGUGAUUCUGAUUUCUGCAAGUUGAGGACACAGAGCACUAGUACAAGCUAGCUGAACGCCCGUUCCCACCGUUAACUGAUUGAUGAUGUCUGAACGGAUCGCUGAAGUUUCCGGAGUGGUUGAAAUUUCUGAUCCUGGAUGGUGAUUUUGGAAUACAUGACGGAAUUCAUAUUCG